UUUGGCAAAUUCAUCCUUUAAAAGGAACAACUUUACAUACCUUUCCGAGUGAUUGGUUUCGAAGGUGCAGAAGAGGAUCAUUAUCAUCAUCAUCAUCAUCAAUAAUGGCGGACUUGAUGAUCGGGGCGCGGCUGUACAGUUGCCAGAAUUGCAGUAAUGAAGUAUCACGACAUGAUGACAUUAUUUCGAAAGGGUUUCAGUCGCUGCGGGGAAGAGCGUUCUUGUUCUACGAAGCAAGGAAUGUGGAAGAGGGGCCUCAACAGGAGAAGAUGUUACUCAGCGGAACAUACAUAGUUUCUGAUUUGUUUUGUUCGGAGUGUGGCCAAAUGUUGGGAUGGAAAUACAUUAAGGCUUAUGAUGAAACUCAGAGGUACAAAGAAGGCAAAGUGGUUUUGGAGAAGUUCAAGAUCACCAACGAAUGUUGCUAAUUUCAUUUCAUUUCAUUUCAUUUCAUUUCAUUUCAUUUCAUUUCAUUUCCCAUAACUCUUUCUCCUUUCUCUGUAACAUAAUUCCUCAAUUCCUGUUACCUUCUUUCUUUAUGAAAUAAUCAU